AUGGCUCACCAGAUGUCGACCUCAAGAGCCCUCCAGGGCGCGUUCGCAAGUUGCCGGCGUUGUCUCUGCGGCAGCGCUUUCCUGCCAAAGCUUGCUCGUCCCAACCUGGUGCGCGCUCAGGUCCCCAACCGGCAGCCUAUCGUACAGAGACGGACGGUAUACAAGACGGUCGAGCAGGCCAAGAGCAGACAUAGCACCGGCCCCUUUUCCUGGAAGGCCGGCGCUGUGUUUGUCGCGACCUGUGGUGCGUUGGUCUGGUACUUUGAGUAUGAAAAGGGGCGAAUGCAGAGGAAGAGAAUAGCCGAUGCGUCCAAGGGAGUUGGCCGGCCCAAGGUGGGCGGGCCGUUUGAGCUUGUCGACCAACACGGCAGGCCAUUUACCAGCGACAUGAUGAAGGGAAAAUACUCUCUGGUUUACUUUGGAUUCACCCGAUGCCCCGAUAUCUGCCCCGAGGAGCUCGACAAGAUGGCCCGGAUGAUUGAUAUUGUUCACGAAAAGGCCCCCGGGGCCCUCUUGCCAAUCUUCAUCACAUGCGACCCCCAACGCGACGACCCCCCGGCUCUCAAGAGCUACCUGGUCGAGUUUCACCAAGAGUUGAUUGGCCUCACCGGCACCUACGACCAGAUCAAGGACCUGUGCAAGAAAUACAGGGUGUAUUUCAGCACCCCGAAGAACGUGAAGCCCGGCCAGGACUACCUGGUUGACCACAGCAUCUACUUCUAUCUCAUGGAUCCCGAGGGGGACUUUGUCGAGGCGCUGGGACGUCAGCAUUCACCAGACCAAGCAGCAAAGGUGAUUUUGGAUCACAUGAAGGACUGGAAAAAGUAA